AUGGUUUCCUAGAAUCUAUGGGAAGAAUUAUUCAUUCUUUUAAUAUUUUACCUGAUAAUAUUCAUUUACAUGGUGAAGAAAACAACAGAGAAAUAACAGCCGAAACCAAUAUAACUGUUUCUGAAGAAGACUUAAAUACCAUAAAAUCGCUAAAUCAAGAACAAAAAAAAAAAACUUUCGACAUUAUACUAGAACGAGUGUACAGGAGCUUUUUUUUUUAUAGAUGGCCCAGGUGGAACUGGCAAAAUUUUUUAUAUAAAGCUAUUUUAGCUGACAUUAGAUCCAAGGGUUAUAUAGCACUAGCAACUGCUAUCUCUGGUAUUGCUUCAGUUGAUCAUGAUAUUUUGAUUUCUUCAGUUGUUUACUCGAACUUUAUAACCUGUUAUAAAUACCAAUUAUUUAAUAUAUUUUGUAGCUUUUCCAAAAUGACAAUUCUCGAUGCAUGGAAGAAGCUCACGACAGCUAGCUCUCUCUUCUCUCGCUUUUUUCAUCCUCCUCCUUCAAGGGGUAUAGCUAUGGUGUCACCCACAGCUUUGAAAACAGAGACUUUAGUCCGUCCUUACCCUCCUGUUCCCCUAUAUUUUGUUGUGCAAUCUGUUUACUCGGCAGCUAGGAGAGCUGUUACGGAUGAGAAAGGGUAUGUCUGCUGGAAUAGAACAGAUUUCUCCAAGAUGGGGAUUCAUGGAAUUUGGGUAAAAGAAGUGGAUUCCAGUAAGCUUUUGAGACUAAUCAUAACAAAUAGAGAAGUUCGAAAAGCAUUUAAAAGCACUAGGUUUCACCGAUGAAAGGUUGAGGGAGUUGGCCGAACGUGAUCGUGAUCAUCAACUGAUAAGAGCAUUGAUAUCUCACUGUGAGCGUACACA